CCAACGCCUUCACUUCGUUCACUUCGCUCCAGCUCCACAGUCACCUCACGGCCUGGGGUGUUCUGAGAACUCAACCACCGCAGCAAAGGAAGAUCCCAGUGGGUGUGGGUUGCGCAACGAGCACCGCCCCGCUGUACAGCCAUGGUGACAGCCGCCCCCACGCUGAUGGAAUCUCUCAAGCAUUCGUCCACGGCAAAGACCGAGUUCAUGUGUGCAAGCACCACGGAGGGCACGACACGAGUGGUCUCCAGUGACGGUGACAUCUCCCCGAACCUUGUCUCGUGGAUGCGGCAGCGGACACACAAAUACAGCCAGAAAGGGCUGAUUCCAGUGCGUUCAGACGACAUCGCCGACCACUACGAGUUGGAUGAGCGGCGCAUUGGCAGUGGCUCCUUUGGGCACGUCUUCAGCGCUCGACAGAAGCAAACAGGACUCCAGGUUGCCAUCAAGAAAGUCUUAAUCUUCGACCCCGAGCAGAAGGAACGCCUCGACACGGAGGCCUGUAUCAUGAAGGAUUUGGACCAUCCAAACAUCUGCAAGUUGAUGGCCACCUAUGAGAAGGGCAGAUUCAUGUUCUUCGUGAUGGAGUAUUGCAAAGGGAAGGACGUUUUGGAGCGUUUGAUGUCUUUGGACGAGCAGAAGUUUGGCGAACACCAAGCCGCGAAGAUUGUGCACCAGACGGCGCUGGCGCUCCAUUACGCACAGAAGCGCGGCAUCGCACACCGAGACGUCAAGCCGGAGAAUUUGGUGUUUGUCUCUGAUGAGGAGUCCGAUUCCUUUGUCAAGGUGGUCGACUGGGGCCUAAGCUCCUACUGUGGAGAACGCAAGAUGAGGUCAGCGGUGGGCUCCUACGUCUACUGUGCCCCUGAGAUCCUCGCGAAGAAGCUGUCUAGAAAUUCCAAGAGCUACACAGCAUCCUGCGACCUGUGGAGUCUGGGGAUCCUCAUCUACGUCCUGCUCUGCGGGCACCCGCCCUUCCGCGGCGAUGCCACGCAGCUUCUCAAGAUGGCCAAGGAGGAGAAGCUCAUCCCUCAGGACGACAUUUGGAAAGCCUUGUCGAGGGAAGCGAAGCAUCUCAUCCAAGGUCUCCUCAGAGUGAAGCCAGAGAAGCGAUUGAAGUUCGAAGAGGUCCUGAAGCAUCCAUGGUUUCAGCUGCAGCACACGGUAGCUGUUCCGGUCUCUGUGAGCCAGAAUAUCCUGCGGAACAUGCGUAACUUUUGCCACUUGUCCCACUUCUUUGGCUUUUGCGUUCUUGCUGCCGCGCGGCAGCUGGAUGCUAAGAGUCUAGAUGAGGUGCAUCAAGUCUUCCGCCAAUUGGAUAGCGACGGUGAUGGAGUGCUGACGAUACAAGAGGUGCGUCAGGGCUUCGCUGCGCUGGGCUCUGGGAAUUUGGAGACCGUCGAAAUCGAGGAGCUCUUCGCCAUUAUCGACAUGGAUGGCUCAGGUACCAUCGACUACACGGAAUUUGUGGCCGCUGCUGUAGGCGAGCGCCUCUUCCAAGAAGAGAGUGCCUUAAUGGCAGCCUUCGAGGCCUUUAAUCAUGAGCCCGAUGGCGUCAUCACCUUGCAGGAGAUCGAGCACGUGCUCCGCUCCUGCGACGCCCAGAAGGUCUGGAGCGACGACGCGGUGCACAGCAUGGCCGUCGAGGCCCAGCACCAUUUCACCAGUGAGUCCACGAUCGACUUCGACCAUUUUCGAGAAAGCAUUGUGGCGCAUGUGGCUUCUCGCCGGGGUCGUUGCGACUCACACCCAAGGGAACCUGCUGAACUUCUCGAAAUGGUGCCCCGCAGAGCUGCCCCUGGAGCCGCGCGCAACGCGCGCGGCUACGUUCCAAAGAAAGCUCCCUGGUGGGCCUGCUGCUUGGCGCCCUCCGCUGCUGAGCCCCUCAGCCCAUGACGUCGCCCAAGGCCACGA